AUGUAUUUCUGUCUGUCUGUCUGUGUCCGUCCAUCCGUCCUUCUGUCUGUCUGCCUUCUUGUAUCUGUCCGUCCGGUCUGUACGUCCGCCCGUCUUCCUGCCACUCAGAUCAGGACCACUCAUCCUGAAUGCUCCAUUGUCCUCCACCUCUUGGAGAAAGAGGGCAAGUGCAAACUCCAGAUGAGGAACACCAAGGCACUGUCCUUGUCAACUCCUAAGAACACUACAGGUUGUCUGGUGGAGUGGGAUGGUGUGAGCUGCUGGCCCGCAGCCCUAAAUGGGGAGAGCCUCUCUGUAUCGUGUCCUCUGAUCCUCUUGAAGCCAGACUCUCCCCCAGCUCUCAUCACACGCAACUGCACACCCCAAGGAUGGAGUAAGCCAAGCUUGCCCUAUUACAAAGCCUGUUACUUUGAGGACAGCAGUGAAGAAGAGGAGGAGACUGGGGAUAAGCAAAAUUACUUUGCUACGGUGAAGAUCAUCUAUACUGUGGGCUAUGGAGUGUCGCUGGCAUCUCUCUUCAUUGCCAUUCUGGUCUUCUGUAUCUUCAGGAAGCUGCUGUGCAUCAGGACCUCCAUCCACCUCAACCUGUUUUCCACCUUCAUCCUCCGUGGCCUGGCCGUGUUUGUUAAGGACGCCGUACUGUUUGCAGACGAGAGCAUGGACCACUGCACUGUCUCAACGGUAAAGUGUAAAGCAGCGGUGACUUUCUUCCAGUACUGUGUCUUGGCCAACUUCUUCUGGCUUCUUGUAGAGGGCUUGUACCUGCAAACUCUGCUGGUAUUCACCUUUGCGCAGAAGAGAAAACUCUUCUGGUUGUACACUGGCAUAGGCUGGGGCACUCCCUCAGUGACCAUCAUAAUUUGGACCCUGCUGAAGAGUCAGUUUGACAAUGAAGGAUGCUGGGACAACCUUGACAGUGCCUUGUGGUGGAUCAUCAAAACUCCCAUCCUCUUAUCUGUCUUUAUCAACUUCGUGGUGUUUGUGAACAUUAGUAGGAUCAUCAUUCAGAAGACCAAGGCCACUGACCAGAAUGGAAGUGAGGGACUUCAGGUCUACAGGAGACUGGCGAGAUCCACCCUUCUUCUCAUCCCUCUGUUUGGAGUGCACUAUGUGGUCUUCGCCCUCUUACCUGAACAUGUGGGUGUAGGGGCCCGACUCUCCCUGGAACUGGUCCUGGGCUCCUUCCAGGGGUUUAUAGUUGCAUUGUUGUACUGCUUCUUGAAUGGGGAGGUACAAAAUGAAAUUCGAAAGGCGAUGAAGGGGUGUCGUUCUCAGACAGAAAACAAUGUCUUCAAUCUGGCAACCCAGGACUAUGUAGACUAG